AUGGAGCCAAUACCCGAAGAGACCGAUGAAUGGACGCCUCAUCCCUCAUCGAGCUCGCGAACGACGCGAAAACGCGAAGUUUUCACGAGUGAACAAAUCGACACGCUUGUUAGCACUGUGCCGAAAGAACGAGUGCCCGAGGAUUGGGUGAUCGAGAACGAGGUCGUCGAUCCACAAAUGGCCACCGCAUAUCUGACCGAGGGAUUGGCGGGUCCGAAUUCGGCUCGAGGAUCCUCGUACACGUACACAUACGAGACACACUAUGAUCAACCACCAGAGGCCGUCUUUGAGGAAACGAAUCGAGAAAUCGAUGAUGUUCAUCAGACGCAAAAGGUGACCCGUGUUACGAAAGUGACAACAACGCGAUCGGUUCGACAAAUCCCCGUCGGCUCCCCGUAUGGCGAUUUAUAUUUUGAUGCGAGCGGUUUGCCGACUCCAUCACCGGUUGUUGAAGUGGAACUGGAUGCACCAGUUGAUGAAUUGGGAAUCCGAUUAUCAAGAGAUGCAAUGCUCAACGAUCGAAUGGCUCCACCACCAGCGCCGCCAAUGGGCGAACGAUAUCAGAGUCGAAAUAAUGAUUCGGGAAUCCCUCUGGCUCCGGGCGCUCCCGAAGUGUUAUCGAGUGGGAAUGGAGAAGUGACAUUGAGAUGGGAAGAGCCACCACAGAGAGCCGAUGAUGGACCCAUUUUGGGAUAUCAAAUCGAAAUGCGAGAUUUCCCGGACGGAGAAUGGGAAAGAGCGCAUGAUCAACUUCUGAAGGAAACCUCGUGCACAUUAACAAAUCUGGAUCAAGCAGGCGCCAUUCAAUUGCGAGUUUCGGCGGCUGGGCGAAGGGGUUUCGGCCCUCCGUCAGCCGCAUCAAAUCCCGUUCAUCCGACGCUCAAUAUCGGUGGUGCACAUGGCUCAGCGCCAGCGCCGGGAGCCCCAGGCCGACCGCGGGUGAUCGCUGUGGACGGGCAACGAGCGACAAUCGAAUGGGAAGCCCCGCCAGCUGAUGCACAUUCCGCACCCCUAGCCGGAUAUCAAGUUGAAUAUCGAGUUUACGGAACAACCGAUUGGAUUGUGGCCACGGACACGUGGAUUACGGAGACGCGAUAUACAGUGGAGUCAUUGCGACCAAAUGGCGUGUACGAGUUCCGGGUGCGAGGCCGAAACGCUGACGGGGUCGGAGUGGCGAGCAAGAGUAGCGGACCGUCACAUAUAAAGCCAGCAGCCCCACAAAGAACUGGCGGUGCCGGGGGUCGACCCGUAUCUGAAAGAGUGCCCAUUCCCGGGCAACCACAGAUUGUCGAAUAUGACAUGGAUUGGGUGAAGCUGGAAUGGCAAGAAGCCUCGGGACCAGAUCUUGCUUACAUUGUCGAGUACAGAGAAGUAGGCGACCCGCAAUGGUACGCGGCGAGUACACAACCAUUGCCACAUAAUUGUAUUCAAGUGGAAGGCUUGCGACCGGGGAGCACCUAUGAAUUCCGGGUCGUCUCGAUAAUGGAGGGAUAUUCAUCGCUUCCUUCUGAAGUCUCCGAGAUUGUCUCAUUGAGGCCAUUGUGGAAGGCUCCAUCCGGCCGUGGUGUUCCCGUGAAACCGGAGGCUCCAGAAUAUCUAGAAGUUGAUGGAGAUCGGAUAACUUUAUGCUGGCAACCGGCGAACUCAACUCUACCUGUGCUAGGCUAUGACGUCGAAUUCCGCGAUUUCCAGCAAGACUCUAAUUGGUAUAAAGUGAAUGAUGGACCGAUUCACACAUGCAAGAUGACAGUGGGUGAUCUGAUUCUCGGACAUGAGUAUCAAUUCCGUGUACUCGCGCACAAUGUCUCUGGCUGUUCCCCUCCAUCCGAUCCAUCACCGCCAGUCACCAUUCAACAUCAGCAAAAUGGUGACGCAAAAUACGUGGAAGCCGAACGAUUCGGAGCCGUGCGAUUGUUACAAGAGGAAAUGGUUCGAGAAAGCCCGCCAUUGCCUGAUAGAGAUGAUAGUCCGCCGCCAAUCAGAAGAAAUCAAUAUGGAAAUUUGCAAUGGAGGGAUCCAAAUCUCAAAGAAGUUAUUGAUUAUUUGGGAAACGCUGACAAGGAAAAGCAAAGAAACGCGAGUGGAUAUCUUCAACAUUUAACCUUUUCGGAUAAUUUGAUCAAAGAAGAGACAAGAGAGUUGGGGGGAGUGCCGAAAUUGGUGGCCCUGUUGAAGAGUGACGAUCCAUCUAUACAAAAGAAUUGCGCGGCUUGUCUCAAGAAUCUUUCAUUCGGCAAAGAGAAUGAUCGGAAUAAGUUGGCCGUACUCGAAGCGAAUGGAGUGGCACUGUUGUCGGCUUUGUUGCAGCUAACUCACGAUGCGGCUGUGAAGGAAGAAGCAACUGCAGCUUUAUGGAAUCUCUCGUCAGCCGACGAACUCAAGGAUCAUUGCCUUCAAUCAGCCGCCGAUCCAUUGAUACAACAUGUGGUGAUCCCAGGAAGCGGGUAUGUCCCAGCUGGGAUGUCGACCGGUUUCGAUCAACUCCGACACCUCAACAGCAACUCGGCUCUGUUCAAAAAUGGAACCGGAGUGCUACGCAACAUCUCCGCCUCCUCUGCCCAAGCACGUGUCAAACUCCGCAAUGCUCCUCAUUUCAUCGAGGCGCUCGUUCAUUUUCUCACCACAUCCAUUCACCGAGGACAGGUUGACACUCCAACAGUGGAAAAUGUUGUUUGUAUUUUGAGAAAUCUUUCUUAUCGAGUACAAGAAGUCGUCGAUCCACACUAUGACCCACACAAAGCACAUGAGAAACAAAAUGGCCGAAGCAAGAGUGCCCCAUCGGGAAGUCCGAAAAUACCGAAGAAAAAGGAGAAGACAAAGAUGAAGAAGAAUGGAGUAAACGAGAUGCCACAGGGUGGAGCAAUUCUAUGGCAAACGCAUGUCGUCAAGUUGUAUUUGAAGCUGUUGCAAGAGGCGAGCAAUCCGGAUACGCUUGAGGCAUCAGCAGGAGCCAUUCAAAAUCUCGCCGCUUGUCAAUUCGAGCCAUCGGCCGAAGUGCGGGGAACGGUGCGAAUCGAGAAAGGAUUGCCGAUACUCGUCGAAUUGGUGAGAUUGGCGGAUGAUCGGCUGGUUUGCUCGGUGGCGACUGCUUUGCGAAAUCUUUCACUCGAUCAAAGAAACCGGGAACUUAUUGGUAAAUACGCGCUCCGCGAUCUGAUCGACAAAAUGCCAGAGCCUGGAACGAGAAGAGAGCCAAAUAAGGGACCCUCGGAUCAGACGAUUGGAGCCAUUUUGGGAAUCCUUUUUGAGAUCGUUCGGGAGAGUGCUCAAUUCACAAAGGAUUUGCAUAUUUCAAAAGGAACCGAGAAGCUGCAAUUCUUGGCCAAAUCAUUUCCAAUGUACAGUGGACGAGUGGCGAAGUAUGCGAGUCAAGUGCUGUACAUGAUGUGGCAACAUAAAGAGCUGCAUGAUGGAUUCAAGAGAGCCGGGCUGAAAGAAAGUGAUUUCUAUUCGGGAACAGGCAGAAGAGGCGAUUCCGCGACAUUGGCUCGUCCAAUUAGUUCUCAGGGUAGAGAACGACCAAAGGGACAAAAUCGAACACACGAUGAUACGAUGAGCAGUGGAUAUGGAGCAGUCGAUGGACAGCCUUACUAUGAUGAGAGGCUGAGAGGCAGUGUCCAUCCCCAACCACUUCCACCACUUCCACCAAGUCAUCCAUCAACAUCUCGACCGCCUUCUCUUCACAAUGGACAUGGGAAUAAUGGUUUCCAUCGUCCACCCUCACUUCCCCCAGCAACCCCAGCCGUCCGCUCAUCAGCAAUCUACCAAGAUGUGUACCCCGUUGAUCAUUACAGUAAUCCCCAUUAUGAGGCUCCUCCAAGCAUCUCCGGUCGUUAUUCAACCGUUCAACAACCGCUCGAUUAUCCCAAUCAAUCAUCUCCAUCAAUCAUCCAUCCAUAUGGUCAAUUCGAGCGCCGUGAGCCGCUCUAUGCUUCCGUGCAGAAGCAGCGCGAUCGACCCGUUGAUGAUAGUUGGGUU